CCGUUGUUUUUGAACACGAUUCCUUGAAUUUUCAUGUUAUUUGAGUAAGUCGUUUUUUGUUAGUUUACAAGAACCGUAAGAACGAUAGAUGUAGAAGUGUUUCUGUCGGUUUACACUGAAACGAGGCUGUGACGACAGCAGGCGUAUAUAUAACAAGCUCUUGGAGCGUGUGUGUGUAAUUCUGUAUUUGUUUUGUUUGAGGCAGACUCCUGGAGUUCAUCUGCAGUUCUCCCUGAAUAUGGCGCUUGUUUGGUACAAUGUACUCAUGCUUGUGUUUGCGCACUUUGUGGUGCCUCAAAGAUAUAUGUCCACACAAUGUGGUGAACCAGAAAAAUAUCCCGACAAGUUUCUGAACAAAAAAUAUCUCCAUAAAUCAGUGUUCAAUAAUGGAAGCACAGUGACAUAUACAUGUGCCCUGGGUUACAUGCCGUCAGAAGGAAGUAAAAUAUCACGGUGUGUGAGAGGACAGUGGACACCCUUGAACAUGAAAUGCCAAAAGAAAAAGUGCAACGCACUGGGUGACAUUGAGAACGGCCACUAUAUUCGAAAUGGACAGUCAUUUGGAGAUGAAGCAAUUGCUGUGUGUAAAGAAGGGUAUGUUUUGAGAGGAGAACGUGUCCGUAUGUGUACGGAAAAAGGUUGGAAUGGGACGGACCCCAUCUGUGAGGUGCCUCAAAGAUAUAUGUCCACACAAUGUGGUGAACCAGAAAAAUAUCCCGACAAGCUUCUGAACAACAAAUAUCUCCAUAAAUCAGUGUUCAAUCAUCGAAGCACAAAGCAUACAUAUGCCCUGGGUUACAUGCCGUCAGACGGAAGAGGACAGAGAGGACAGUGGACAUCCUUGUACAUGAAAUGCCAAAAGAAAAAGUGCAACGCGCUGGGUGACAUAGAGAACGGGCAGUAUAUUCGAAAUGGACAGUCAUUUGGAGAUGAAGCAAUUGCUGUGUGUAAAGAAGGGUAUGUUUUGAGAGGAGAACGUGUCCGUAUGUGUACGGAAAAAGGUUGGAAUGGGACGGACCCCAUCUGUGAGGUGUCGAAGAUCAUCUGUUCAGCACCUGCUGUGGCAAACAGAUUGAUAAAGCCUGGAGAAAGGACACAGUAUGCACCCCAAGACACUGUAACCAUUGUCUGCAGUGAGGGAUUUGAGCUGAUUGGUUUGCCAGACGUCACAUGUGGACCUGAUGGCCAGUGGCAGGGCUUGCCUCAGUGCCGCUCUAAAGGUCAGUUUACAACAGUUGCUGUUCCUAAGACAUGUCCCACUCCUAAUUUGGGAAAGAGCGGUACAGUGAAAGAGCCGAAGUCUGAUUAUGUGCUGGGAGAGUCCAUAUCUGUCACCUGCAAUGAAGGAUUCAUCGGAUCUGGAAUUUUCACGUGUCACGCAAACUCAAAAUGGCACCCAAAUGAGCCAAAGUGUCAACUGAUCACCUGUUCAGACCCUACAGUGGCACACGGAAGGAUAACACCUGGAUCUGGGGUGUACAAACACAAAGACACUGUAGAUGUUGUCUGUAAUGAUGGGUUUGAUCUGAGUGGCCCAGCAAAGGUCACAUGUGGACCAGACGGCCAAUGGCAGGCCUUGCCUGAGUGUCGCCCUAAAAAUAUUUCAGGUAAAUGUGGUCCAGCUCCAUCACACCCUCAUGCUUUCCCCAGAGACCCCAUGCGGAAGGAGUAUCCAUCUGGUACUCGCCUUCGCUACAAAUGCAGUGUAGGAUAUGUGCGGACCAGUGGAAGUUACCUUGUACACUGCUGGAACGGCAGAUGGACAGACGUGCAGCUCCAAUGUGAAAGGAAGAAAUGUGGAUCUGCUGGAGAGAUUUCCAAUGGUCACUUUGAGUACACAGGCGUGUCAUUUGGAGAUUCGGCUACAGCUGUCUGUCAAGAAGGGUAUGAGCUGAUCGGCCCAAAGGUACGGAUCUGCCGGGAUAGAGGCUGGGAUGCAAGGAACCCUGUGUGUGAAUUAAUAUACAUAGAACGUCCAUGGUGGAUGUAAGGGAGCCAGUGGUGUAUCAACUGCAGAGAGAAAAAAAAGGCCUCAAAGAUAUUCCCAACAGCAUACACACCACUUCUCCAAAUCAAGUCAAAAGUUCAAAAUGUUUAUUCCCAGAGGUGCAAAAGUGAAGGUUUUCCACUGACGUGUCAGAGAUAUUUACAAAAAAAAAGUUAAAACAAAAACAUUUGACUAUGUCAAACAGGUUGACCCAAAAGACAGCAAUUAUGCUUUACAAUCAUCACACAACUCACUCUGAGAAGCCAUCUUAAAAAGACUAAGCCCCUCCUUCUCGGACUAAACCAUCUGGCAACCCAAAGGUAAUAAAGAAACUUAAGGAAGACAAACAAAUGUGCUUUAACAGAAACAAAAACAAACAACAACAACAAAAACACUGUUAUACAAUACGAAAAAUAAAAAUAAUGUGAAACAAAAACUCAACUUAUUAUUAAUACUUAUCUUAAAAUGGUGAGCAUUUACUAUGACCGGGUUUUGUCUGUUUGGCAUGGAGAAAUGUUCCAAUACGCAAGUAUGACUUUGCAUGAUAUGUAAAUUUCUAUACAAAACGAUAAACAUUUAACCUGAUCACCGGUCUUGCUUUACUUCUUAACACAGUACAAUACAUAAACCAAUAUGGUGAAGUCAAUCAAUCAUGAAAUGUCAAACUAAGGAAAAAACGACAUAAGGACAGCAACAACAUUACAUCACACAUGAUGAUUGACAACCAUAUCUGUGUUAACUGGUGUUCAAUUUGCGCAAAACAGAUAGGGAAACAUAUGCAUGCAUGUACACAGUCCCAUGUCAAAAUAAGAGUCCCAUCCAUAAUAAGAGUCUCUAGUCACAGAGCCUCACUGUGACAGUGGAUCAGGAAUGAGGGGUUUUAGGGCGGUCUAUAGAUAUGGGAACACAUUAACAAUUGCCUGCUGUCCUGGUUUAAGGCUUGUAGGAGAGCGUUUUGUUACCUGUGGCUCAGAUGGGAAAUGGAGACAAAAACUUCCAGAAUGUGUGUACAAACAAAUGUUCAACUGAAAAAAAACAAAACAAAAAAAAACAAUACAGCUGGCUGUCUCAAAAUUAUAAUGAAGCAUAUAUCUUUUCACUGUAUUUUAUUAAAAUGAGCAAAACUUUAUUUAGUAUUUACUCAGGCUGUUUAUUCUUGCAAAAAAAUCACUCUGAUUUUUCUUUUAAAUAAUAAUUAAUAUUUUAUAUUUACAUAUUCUGUUCAUCUAAAGCUGAUACUAUUUUUAUAGCUUGUUUUCAUGUUUUCUUUUUAAGAAAUAAAAAAGAAAGAACUGUU